AUGCUCCGAUCCGGCAUGCUCGCAAGAGCAGCGCUACGGCCAACUAUGGCCAGACGAGCCAUGCCUCAAGCUGGACGUAGUCUUGCCACUUCAUCCGACAUGAUCACGCUCGAGAUCGAUGGAAAGAGCAUCUCUGUGCCCAAAGGCAGCUCACUCAUUCAAGCAUGCGAGCUAGCGGGCGUCUCUAUCCCUCGCUUCUGCUACCACACCGGACUAGCCAUCGCUGGCAAUUGCAGGAUGUGCUUGGUAGAAGUCAAGCCAGGGCCACCGAAGCCACAGGCGUCUUGCGCGAUGCCUGCUCUGCCGGGUCAGAAAGUCUUCACCAACACCGACAUGGUCAAGAAAGCUCGUGAAGGCAUCAUGGAAUUCUUGCUCGCAAAUCACCCGCUCGACUGUCCCAUUUGUGAUCAGGGUGGCCAAUGCGACUUGCAAGAUCAAUCAAUGCGUUAUGGCUCUGAUCGAUCUCGCUUUCAUGAGAUCACCGGCAAGCGCGCAGUCGAAGACAAGGAUAUGGGACCCUUUGUCAAGACCGUCAUGACGCGUUGCAUCCACUGCACCCGAUGCGUACGCUUUGCCAACGAUGUCGCUGGCGUGACAGAUCUCGGCACAACGGGACGAGGUAAUGACAUGCAAAUUGGCUCGUACGUACAAAAGACCGUCGACUCGGAGAUGUCUGCCAACAUCAUCGAUCUCUGUCCCGUCGGCGCGCUGACGAGCAAGCCAUACGCUUUCCAAGCACGCCCGUGGGAGCUCAAGCACACCGAGUCUGUCGAUGUCCUCGAUGCUGUAGGCUCCAACAUCGUCGUUCAGUCUCGAGGUGUGCAAGUCAUGCGGAUACAGCCACGGCCGAACGAUGAGAUCAACGAGGAAUGGAUCAACGAUAAGACUCGAUUUGCAUUAGAUGGACUCAAGACACAACGAUUGACAACGCCCCUCAUUCGACAGGGCGAGCGCUUCGUACCGGCCUCGUGGUCCGAAGCUCUCGACAUUGUCGGUGAAGGACUUGCAAAGUCUGGCGCAACGGGCAAUCAAAUUCAGGGCAUUGCCGGCGCGCUGGCAGACUCUGAAAGCAUGGUCGCACUCAAAGACUUGCUGAACAGACUAGGCUCCGACAAUCUGACAACAGAUCAAACAGGAGGCUCCUCAGCUCCCGCGCACGGCAUCGAUUUCAGAUCUAACUACCUCUUUAAUUCGACCAUUCCUCAAGUGGAGCAGGCUGAUCAGGUACUGCUCGUCGGCACUAACCCUCGACAUGAAGCUGCCAUCAUCAACACGAGGCUCCGAAAGUCAUGGGUCAGAGGUGAUCUAGAUGUAGGCUUGAUCGGGGAGAGCUUCGAUAGCACAGUCGAGCUGGAGCACAUCGGUACGGAUCUCAAAGCCGUCAAAGACUUCGUGGCGGGCAAGGGCGAUUUCGCAAAGAAGUUUGCGCAAGCUAAAAAGCCGCUCAUCAUCAUUGGUAGCGCCAUCUCGGAGCAUGCGGAAGGAGGCGCGGUCUACGAGACCCUCGCGAAGUACGUGCAUGCGAACAAGAAUAGAUUCAUCACGCCGGAAUGGAACGGCUUCAGUACUCUGCAAAGGGCAGCGUCUCGCGCUGCGGCCUAUGAUAUCGGCUUCGUGCCGUCCAAGGAGGCCGCUAAGGCGACUCCAAAAUUCAUCUAUUUGCUGAAUGCCGAUGACUUUGAUCCUAGCUCGAUCCCCAAGAACGCUUUCGUGGUCUACCAGGGACACCACGGCGACCUUGGAGCUCAAUACGCCGAUGUCUGCUUGCCAGGUGCAGCAUACACGGAGAAGGGCGUCACUUGGGUCAAUACCGAAGGCAGAACACAGCUCGGACGCGCAGCGGUGUCGCCUCCCGGAGCCUCGAGAGAAGAUUGGAAGAUCGUCCGUGCGGUCAGCGAGGCAGUCGGCGAGACGCUGCCCUACGAUGAGCUCGUCGAGCUACGCAACAGGAUGUGGGACGUCUGUCCCUCGCUCGUACGCUACGGUACGGCAGAAAAGACGAGCGCGAUCGAUGUCGGUCUUCAGGCGCUAGUGGCGAAUGCAGGCAAGGCUACGCUGCCAAAGGGAAAGACGGGCGCUUUCCAGAAGCCCAUUGCGGACUUCUACCGUACUGACGCAAUCUCACGAUCGAGCGUCUCCAUGGCGCAAGGCAGCCAGGCGUUCACUCACAAAGCGUGGCACACUCAUGAGGGUCAGUUUCCACUACAACCUGAAGAGCAUAGGAGCUCACCUACUUGA